UCCGGCACAAUCUCCGCUUCUGAUUGGAGGAAAACGUUUAAGCAGCGUUGUGUAACCGCCCCCACCCUCGGACCUAUAUAGACGCAGCCCCACUCUUUCAAGCGCAUCUCGAGCUGGACUCAACUUUUACAAGCUACCAUGAGUGGAAGAGGCAAAACCGGCGGCAAGUCCCGCGCCAAGGCCAAGUCCCGCUCCUCCAGAGCCGGACUCCAGUUCCCGGUCGGUCGUGUCCACAGGCUGCUCAGGAAGGGCAACUACGCUCAGCGCGUCGGUGCCGGCGCCCCCGUCUACCUGGCGGCCGUGCUGGAGUAUCUGACCGCUGAGAUCCUGGAGCUGGCUGGAAACGCUGCCCGCGACAACAAGAAGACCAGAAUCAUCCCCCGCCAUCUGCAGCUGGCUGUCCGCAACGACGAGGAGCUCAACAAGCUGCUCGGAGGAGUCACCAUCGCUCAGGGCGGAGUGCUGCCCAACAUCCAGGCGGUUCUGCUGCCCAAGAAGACCGAGAAGCCCGCCAAGGCCAAGUAA